AUGAAGUUUUAUGGCAUUGUCACCAUACUUACCCUGCUCAGCACUGCCAUCGCCGCACCUGGAAAGCCCAAAUCUAAACUCGAAGCUGUCGUCGACGCUGAUGAGCCUUUAAUUGCGACAUGCUACCGUGCUGGCAGGGCAUGCCAGUGGCCAACGGAUUGCUGCCCCGGGCUGAUUUGCGAAUGGGAUCUUGGAAGAUACGAAAAGAGACACACGCUGAAUAACAGAAUUGGCAGGCGAAUCGAGAAUGGCAGGGUACUGCUGUUUGCAAGGGCCCUGAAAGGGUGGGCAUCCACGGUUAAGCGCUUGAACAACGAGAUCGGGAGCCAAGUCCAGCGAAAAACAAGCCUAUUGCUUGGGAUAGUUCCGCAUCUCGAGUUUUGA